AAAUGCAUAAAUUAUAAAAUAAAAUAUUAUUGUUGGCAAUUAUAGCAUUAAAAACAGAUAUAUAUAUAUAAGUAAGAAGAGAAACAGAGAGCUCCCUUCAUACGUUACUAGAUUAUCUUCUUUCUCUUCUCUUACCAUGGAUCCUUACAAGUUUCGUCCUUCAAGUUCCUUUGAUUCCCCGUUCUGGACCACCAAUUCUGGUGCUCCAGUUUGGAACAAUAACUCAUCACUUACUGUGGGAGCAAGAGGUCCAAUUCUCCUUGAAGACUAUCAUUUGGUGGAGAAGCUAGCUAAUUUCGAUAGAGAACGCAUACCUGAACGUGUUGUUCAUGCUAGAGGAGCCAGUGCGAAAGGGUUCUUCGAGGUCACUCAUGAUAUAUCUCAGCUCACAUGUGCUGAUUUCCUUCGUGCCCCUGGAGUGCAGACCCCUCUCAUUGUUAGAUUCUCCACGGUUAUUCAUGAACGCGGUAGUCCUGAAACUUUGAGAGACCCCCGAGGUUUUGCUGUGAAAUUUUACACACGAGAGGGAAAUUUUGAUCUAGUGGGGAACAAUUUCCCUGUGUUUUUCAUCCGUGACGGAAUGAAGUUCCCUGAUAUGGUCCAUGCUCUUAAACCAAACCCGAAGUCCCACAUUCAGGAAAACUGGAGGAUUCUGGACUUCUUUUCGCACCAUCCCGAAAGCUUGCACAUGUUCACCUUCCUGUUUGAUGACAUCGGUGUUCCACAGGAUUAUAGGCACAUGGAUGGCUCUGGUGUUCAUACCUACACACUAAUCAACAAAGCUGGGAAGGCACACUAUGUGAAAUUCCAUUGGAAACCCACUUGUGGUGUAAAAUCUUUGUUGGAGGAUGAAGCCAUAAGAGUAGGUGGCGCGAAUCACAGUCAUGCCACACAAGAUCUUUAUGACUCGAUUGCAGCCGGAAACUACCCUGAAUGGAAGCUGUUCAUUCAAAUAAUGGAUCCUCUUCAUGAGGACAGGUUUGAUUUUGACCCACUUGAUGUAACCAAGACAUGGCCAGAGGACAUCUUCCCAUUGCAGCCGGUGGGUCGAAUGGUGUUAAACAAGAACAUCGAUAACUUCUUUGCUGAGAAUGAGCAGUUAGCCUUCUGCCCUUCCCUCAUUGUCCCUGGCAUCUAUUAUUCAGAUGAUAAGUUGCUUCAAACUAGAAUCUUCUCCUAUUCUGACACUCAAAGGCACCGUCUUGGACCGAAUUAUCUGCAGCUUCCAGCUAAUGCUCCCAAAUGUGCUCAUCACAAUAAUCACCAUGAAGGUUUUAUGAAUUUUAUGCAUAGAGAUGAGGAGGUGAACUACUUCCCUUCGAGGUAUGAUCCUGUUCGCCACGCUGAGAAGCACCCUAUUCCUAGCACUGUUUACAGCGGCAAAAGAGAGAAGUGCAUUAUCGGUAAGGAGAACAACUUUAAGCAGCCUGGGGAACGAUACCGGUCCUUUUCAGCUGACAGGCAAGAACGGUUUAUUAAUCGCUGGAUUGAUGCAUUGUCUGAUUCAAGGGUCACACACGAGAUCCGCAGCAUUUGGAUCUCAUACUGGUCUCAGGCUGACAAAUCUUUGGGUCAAAAGAUUGCUUCUCGCCUCAAUGUUAGACCAAGCAUUUGAUCGAUGAUAUUGAUGGAAUCCCAACUUUUUCAGAUGGAGAAAAGUGCUUCCUUGUGCGGUUGUGCCGAUAUACUAAUUAUAUUGUUCUGAAUACUUGCAUUCUGCAAUGAAAUAAGAUCAUGUCCUGUACCAAUUCUAUGACUCAAAACGUCUGUAACAAGAUGUGUUACUAUUUUGUUGUAUGUGUACGUUUUGAAAUAUUCAAUUCCUCUACUUUUUAAUGCCAA